GUCACUGCCAUGGCUUUCUACAAACUUCUCACUGUGCUGGUACUGAUCCACAACACCGGAGGUUUGCUCGGUGCUGAGGUGAGGAGCUCCAUCGUCGGGGGGCAGAACGCUCCACAGGGCAAGUGGAAGUGGAUGGCCUUCCUAAACAUCACAUCCGAUGGCAUCAAGAAGUGGCGUUGCGGUGGUACCAUCCUCAACAGUGAGUGGGUGCUUACUGCUGCAAACUGCUGGGAUAAACAUCCUGGGCCUAAUAUGGCUCGAUCGAUGGUUUGGAUCGGCUCAUACAGCCUGCAGAAGGCGUCUGUCCGUUUCGUGGGCAUCCAUUCUGUCAUCUCUCACCCAGCCUACCGAGCACUGGGCAGCGGCUACGUGAACGACAUCGCCCUGGUGAAGCUGAAGAAGAAGAUCAAAUUCUCAGGGCUCGUUUCCCCAGUGAGUCUGGCCAGAGUCGACGACACCUUCACUCCAUCAUCUGAGUGCUGGAUCAUUGGCUGGGGGAACAUUGGGACUGGUGUUCCUCUGCCGGAUCCAGAAACCCUCCAGCAGCUGAAGAUUCCCAUCAUCCCUCAGAGUGUGUGUACUGCGAAGUAUCCUCAGCUGACAGCUGACAUGCUGUGUGCAGGAGACCUGGCUGGAGGGAAGGAUGCCUGCACAGGGGACUAUGGCGGCCCACUGGUGUGCCACACAUCCAGAGGCUUUGUGCAGGUGGGCAUCAUGAGUUACGGCAGUCAAGACGGCUGUGCUCUCGCAGACCGCCCCGGCGUCUACACCCAGGUGUCCAGGUAUCUGGACUUCAUCAACGACUACAUCCACCGCGGCGAGGAAGCCUCUGCCGAGGUCUAAGCUUGUAGGAAGCUGAAGCCGUCCAGCCCGCUCACCUGACGACCCGCCAUGCUCUUCGGUGGAACUGUCCAUGGUUCCACAUGUACUCGGCUUUGUUAAAAAAAAAAUCUUUGCAUUAAAGCUUUAAA